AUGACGGACGCCGGCAACCCUCCGCCGGCGGUGGUGAAGGAGAAGCGCAAGAAACGGAAAUUGACCCUGGACCUGCUCAAGGGGACACGGGGUAUCCCAGACGUCUUCCACACCUUCCCCGACACCUUCCGAAAGCAGUGCCGGGGGAAGGGCCAUGAGGCAGGGGACCUGCGCCGCCUGCUGGAGAUGUACAUCAGAUGGCAGGACCGGGUGUUCCCGGGCGUGCCCUUUGACAAGUUCAUCGCGGAUGUGGAGCAGCUCAGCGGCACGCAUGCCGUCAAGCACGAGCUGCAUGAGAUGCGGAUGUCCCUCCUCCAGAUGGCCCAGGCCACCGCCCGCAAGCCCGGCGGCGGAGACGGGGCCGACACGGCCGCCGCGCCGCACGCCUCGCCACCCCCGCCCGGCGAGGAGGGGGAGCUGCUGGCGCUCGCCGAGGAUGACGAGGACCUGCUGGAGCUGCUGGGCGCAGAGCUGGUGCAGCAGGCGCUGCCGGCAGUCGAGGACCUCGCCGACACCGAGGCCGAGGAGCUGGCCAUCCCCGACGCUGAUGAGGACGAGCUGGCCAUGCUGGCCACGCUGGAGGACGAGGAGCUAGUGGGCCUGGCCUGA